AUGGCGCCUCUAUCCUCGCCAUCAUCCUCCGCACCAUCUUCAUCCUUAAAGCGCAAGCAACCGACAAUAUCUAGCUUCUUCACCCAAAAGCCCGUCCCAUCACAUCCUAAAACCGUUGUAUCUGAUGAAAACAAGCCUCCGCAAGAAGAACCAUCUAGAAAGCGACCAGCCGAGCCCGCUGAACCACGGAUUGCAUUGAAGCAGUCUGAUCCCUUACCAGACGAUGAAGAUGAUGACGACAUCGUGGUACCUCCUACAAAGCGCGCCAGAACAAGCGCUUCCACUCCAAAAGAUUCUAUUUCAAUAGUUCCAGUUGGUGGCCAAUCAAACCCAGCGUCGCCAUUAAGCGGCAGUCAACGGACGGACAUCUUCAAAUUUCAAAGCUCCCCUGCCGUUGUUGACCAAGACAUCAAGCGUAAGAAGGAAAAGGACGUUCUUCACCAGAAGUACGUUCGGAAGCUUGGUGGCCCGGACUGCUUGAUUGGCAUUGGAAAGAGUGUCCCGAAUGACGUCGUUGAUGCAGAGGCGGAAGAAGGCGAGGAAGAUGACGAACCCCCUCCGCCAAAAACCAAAGGGAAGGCUGUUAAGAAGGGCGGUAGCAAACUGACUCCGAUGGAACGACAAGUCAUCGACAUAAAGCGAAAGCACAUGGAUACUGUCUUGGUGAUUGAGGUUGGGUACAAGUUUCGGUUCUUUGGCGAGGAUGCUCGCAUUGCAGCCAAGGAGCUGGGGAUCGUGUGUAUUCCGGGGAAAUUCAGGUUUGAUGAGCAUCCGUCCGAGGCUCAUAUUGGACGCUUUGCUUCUGCUAGCAUUCCGGUUCAUCGCUUGCAUGUUCAUGUCAAGCGCUUGAUUACAGCGGGCCACAAAGUUGGAGUCGUGCGUCAGAUCGAGACGGCGGCUCUCAAGGCUGCUGGCGAUAAUCGCAAUGCACCUUUCGUUCGCAAAUUGACGAACUUGUAUACUAAGGGAACGUAUAUCGAUGAUAUUGAAGGCCUUGAAGGCCCGGCGCCCGCGGCUGGGGGUGCUUCGCCUGCUACUGGGUAUAUGCUCUGCGUUACAGAGACCAAUGCCGGAGGGUCGGGUAGUGAUGAACGAGUAAAGAUCGGUAUUGUUGCUGUUCAGCCUGCAACGGGCGAUGUGAUCUACGAUGAAUUCGAAGACGGAUUUAUGCGCAGCGAGAUCGAGACGCGGCUGUUGCAUAUCGCGCCUUGCGAGAUUUUGAUUGUCGGCGAGAUGUCUCGUGCAAGCGAAAAAAUUGUGCAGCAUCUUUCUGGCAGCAAGAUGACUGUUUUCGGGGAUGCGGUCCGAGUUGAUAGAACGCCAAAGAAAAAAACUGCCGCUGCCGAGGCGCAUAGUCAUGUCACUUCUUUCUAUGCAGGAAAGAUGAGCGCUACUGGCAUGGAAGAGGAUGUUCAGGCUGUGAAGUUGCUUCAAAAUGUCCUUGCGUUGCCGGGGCAGGUCAAUAUCUGUCUUUCUGCGAUGAUUGAGCAUAUGACCGAGUACGGACUUGAGCAUGUAUUUGACCUGACAAAGUAUUUCCAGCCCUUCUCGGCGAGGUCGCAUAUGCUCCUCAAUGGAAAUACCCUCGUGAGUCUGGAAAUCUAUCAGAACCAGACGGAUCACUCGGCGAAAGGUAGUCUAUUUUGGACACUAGAUCGAACACAAACGCGGUUUGGGCAACGCUUGUUGCGGCGCUGGGUUGGACGGCCCUUGCUGGACAAGAAUCGCCUAGAAGAGCGCACCAGUGCAGUUGAGGAGCUGAUCAACCCCUCUAACGCCGUUCCUGUGGAGAGAGUACGAGGGCUGCUCGGAAAAAUCAAGAGUGAUUUGGAAAAGAGCUUGAUUCGUAUAUACUACGGCAAGUGCACAAGACCUGAGCUUCUCACCGUUCUGCAAACCAUGCAAAUGAUUGGAAUGGAGUUCGCAGACGUCAAGUCACCAGCUGACACCGGGUUGGAAUCGACUCUGGUCAGUGAAGCUAUUGCAUCAUUGCCAACCAUCCAAGAAGACAUUAUUCGAUUCUUAGAGAAGAUCAACGGCCAUGCCGCGCGAAACGACGAUAAAUACUCUUUCUUCCGCGAAGAAGAUGAAUCCGAAGACAUCAGUGAGAAAAAGCUGGGAAUCGGCUGCAUUGAACACGAGCUACAAGAGCAUCUCGCCGUGGCCGGAGAACGUAUAGGCAGAAAGAAGGUUGAAUACACGACUGUGGCCGGAAUCGAGUACCUGAUCGAAGUCGAAAAUAACUCGUUGGCCAUCAAGCGCAUUCCAGCAUCGUGGAUCAAAAUCAGUGGGACGAAAAAGGUCGCUCGUUUCCACACACCAGAAGUGAUCCAACUCAUCCGACAGCGCGAUCAGUACAAGGAAGCUCUAGCAGCAGCCUGUGACAAUGCCUUUAAAGAGCUCUUGGCUGAAAUCGCAACACAGUACCAAUCCUUCCGCGACUGUGUCCAGUCCCUCGCCACUCUAGAUUGCCUCCUAUCUCUAGCCUCAAUAGCCCAGCAACCCGGCUACAACAAGCCAGAGUUCACAGACUCACCGUGCUUACAAAUCUCACAAGGCCGCCACCCAAUGGUCGAGCGUCUCCUAACAGACACAUAUGUACCAAACGACACACACCUCGAUCCAGAGGGCACACGCGCCCUGCUAGUGACAGGCCCAAACAUGGGCGGUAAAUCCAGCUAUGUACGACACGUUGCCCUAAUCGCAAUAAUGGGCCAAAUAGGCUCCUACGUCCCGGCCGCAUCAGCCCGUCUAGGCCUCCUAGACGCCGUAUUCACGCGCAUGGGCGCCUUUGACAACAUGCUAGCCGGCGAAUCAACCUUCAUGGUCGAGCUCUCCGAAACAGCCGACAUCCUAAAACAAGCAACGCCCCGAUCUCUUGUCAUCCUGGAUGAACUGGGUCGUGGAACCUCAACGCACGACGGUGUCGCGAUCGCCCAGGCAGUCCUAGAUUACAUGGUCCGUUCAAUCCGCUCGUUAACGCUGUUCAUCACGCACUACCAGCAUCUUUCGCGCAUGGUACGGUCAUUCCCCGACCACGCUCUCCGUAAUGUGCACAUGCAAUUCACGGAGUCAGGACAGGACGGUGAUGAUAUAACUUUCUUGUAUGAAGUCGGCGAGGGAGUUGCGCAUCGCAGCUAUGGGUUGAAUGUUGCCCGUUUGGCAAAUUUGCCUUCUGACAUCCUUGAUAUGGCGAGGACAAAGAGCGCCGAGUUGGAAGAGUCCAUUAAACGGAAGAGAUUGGGGGCUCUUGUUGCUGCUGUUGGCCGUGUUGUUGGGGAGAAUUGUGCUGAAGAUGAUCUUCUUGAACGGUUGAUUGCUAGUAUUGAUCAGAUUUAG